AUGGAAAGCGGUGAUAUUUCUGAUGCACAACUCAGUGCCUCUACAGAACUGGUUCCAGAAAAAGGAGCAAAGCACAGCAGGCUACAAUCCAAGUGGAAUGGAGUAUCUGGGGGAGGCUGGAUAGCUAAUAUAUCUGACACCAACCAAUGGCUACAGAUCGAUCUACUGGAUCAGCACUCUUAUGUUGUAACAAAGAUAGCUACACAGGGCAGAAAUCAUUAUCAUAAUCGCACGGUGACCAAAUAUAAACUUCAGUACAGUGACGAUGGAGUUACCUUCCUCUAUUACAGAGAAGAAGGCCAAGUUACUGACAAGGUAUGAGUUAGUAAAGCAGCAGCAGACUUAUCUAAUCUCAUAAAAAUACAGUUGUAAGUCUUCUAACUUAGCAUGAUUUUAAAUACAACCAGGUAUACUAUCAAAUAGUUUGGUUUUUUUUUUUUUACCAUAAGUGGUUUUAAAGAAUUUCUUUAACCCAGUUACUUAGUAAAGAAUCAUAGCCGAGUAGCUUAAGUUAAAUAACAAGAAAAGACAAGUUUUCUUUUCCACGAAUAUUUCUCUUCCAAACAACAGGUUUUUCCUGGAAACACAGACAGGGAUACUGUAGUGUCACAUGAACUAAUUCCACCAAUCAGAGCACGCUAUAUGCGUUUUCGACCGAUAGAGUGGUCUGGCCUCAUAGGAAUGAGGGUGGAGCUCUACGGCUGUCGCGGUAACGUAUUACUGUACAGUAUUUAA